AUGGUUAAUGCAAAACCAGUCAUAACACCCAUCAAGAGUGCCACUUCUCUAAUCGACAACUCAGCCCCAUCAGAUGAAACAAGGUAUCGCCAGAUCAUGGGUGCAUUACAAUAUCUUACGAUAACCAGACCAAAUAUAGAUUUUGCUACAAAUCGCCUCUCUCAAUCCAUGCAUGAUCCAAAUGACACUCAAUUGUCAGCAGGAUAUGCCAUAUACCUUGGGUCGAACAUUAUCUCUUGGAAGUCAUCACGUCAAAAAUCGAUAUCACGUUCUUCCAUAGAGGACGAAUAUAAGGCUAUUGCAAUGCCUCAUCAGAAGUCUCCUGGAUCACCCAUCUCCUCUCUAAACUUGGUAUAA